AUGCAUGCCCCAUCUUUCACGUUUGGUCUCCUGGGCCAGGCUGUACUCAUUGCUGCUGUACCGUUAAAGCCCCGGCCGGUCACCAUCGAAAGUCGAGAUAGUCUCGACGACAUCGAAAUAGCCCUUGUCCCCGUGUUCGACUCGCUACAGAGGGUUGACGCUGCGGUUCUUGCUCUCGAUGGCACUCCAAACGCGGCAGCCAACCUACUCGGCGCCUCUCAACAAAUACAAGUCACCAUCAACCAAGCCACCCUCACCGUUCGUGCCUCUAGAGACCUUUCUGCCGCAAAGUCUCUCAUGCUACGCCGGACUACGGACAACCUUGCCGCUCAGACCAAGACUACGGUCAACGAUCUUGUAGCUCGGAAGCCAAUUCUCGAUCAGCUCGGCGUCAGCACCGUUGCGCUACAGUCCCUCCAGAAGCAGCAGAUGGCGAGCAUGUCUCUGAGCGAAGCCCUGGCUGCAAAGGUCCCCAAAGUCGGACAGAAAGAGGCCGCAGCGGACAUGGCCACCCUUCAGUCCAUAUUCACGCAGGCUAUCGCCGCCUACUCUGUCCCUGCGGCUGUACCGGCUCCCGGCGCCGCCGUUCCUCCUCCGAUCGCCCCGGUGCCUGCGCCUCCGGCCAUGAUGGCACCCCCUGCCGGACGCAAGGAUAGGAAGAAGAAGAAGAAGGAGGCUAAAGCAAACAGACAUGACGUUGAUGUCUUGGCUGAGGGUCACAUGACUGAGGCUUAG